AUGUCUCAAAGCCAGCUUUCCGACUUCACAUCGUCACUUUAUAGUGGAGAUAUUGAUGAUCUUCCAUCUCUCUCAACGCAACAAAUCACUCCAUCCGCAAGUCAUCAUACAAUUGAUUCUGGCUUCCACCGGCCAGAUGACCUCCUCGUUCCUCCUUCUUUGAUACGUGUUGGACCUGAUCGCCGGAAUAGGUUUGUUCUCUACGACAAGAUGUCACACAACGAGUUUAUCGACUGGUGGUUACAGACGGACUAUGGGCGGAAAAGAAAGAUCAACUGGGAUUCACAUCGCCACACGGUGAUCUGGAAUAGCUACAACCAGGUUGCUGAGGGUGUAGAUGGCACACCAAAGGUCAUGUGCAAACGCUGUGGAAAGAUUCUUGAGCAUCCUUAUUCCCUGAGUCUGAACAGUUCCGGCAAAGCGCAGUAUCACGGCACAUCAACAAUCCAGAAACAUCUGAAGACAGCUGGGUGCCUACGGUCGGAGAAGGGAAAGAAGGCAGAGAUUACAAAGUUUCUCCAAAAAGAGGGCGAAAUCUCAGCAGAUAUACCCUUUUUACAAGAGGACUGGGAAGACGAUAUCUUGCAAUUCCUGACUCUCAAUCGGCUACCAUUCCACCUCAUCGAGCAUCCAUCAUUUAAGCGGAUUAUCUACAAAGCGCGUUCUGCUCUUGUCGCUCCAGUGAUCCCGUCUGCCGAUACAAUCCGUCGCCGAUUAGGGAGCUUGGUCAAAGACCGGCAGCAGCGGGUUCUUCGUACGCUACCUGCUGGUUCAAAGAUAUCUAUUGCGCUUGACUGUUGGACAUCUCCAUUCUCGCAGGCAUUUAUGGCGAUCACUGGUUAUUUUAUCGACAGUGAUUGGGUUUAUCGUGAGGUGCUUCUUGGUUUUAAGCCACUUCACGGUACACAUACGGGGUCUUACUUAAGUGGUGUUCUGAUGGAAACCCUGGUAGAGAACAACAUUGAAGAUAGAGUGUUUGGGCUGACCACAGAUAAUGCAUCAAACAAUAAGGCAUUAGCUGCGUCUCUCCAACAAGCUUUAUCAGAUGGUGUCAUUAUUACACGAAUACCAUGCCUUGCCCAUGUUAUCCAGCUCAGUCUUAAUCAGCUUCUUGUUCGGAUUAAGGCAGUUCCAUCCAAUGAAUCCGCGGAGACAAAGUGGACAGAGAGUCAGUCCAGGCUGGUUCAAGAGAAUGCGAAGCAAUGUCAGAUCUCUUCUACAUUGAACAAAGUACGUUAUCUUGCAAUUUAUAUAAAUGCAAGCCCCCAGCGCCGAGAGACAUUCUACAAUCUUCAGACAACAAACGUCAAGAUUGUUCCCAUCCAAGAUGUGAAAACACGAUGGAAUUCUACAUUUCUUAUGCUUCGCCGGGCCAAACGGCUACGUGCUAUCUUCUCUUUAUUUUGUGCAGAGUAUGACUGUGAGGAGAUGCUACUUAGCGAGCACGAGUGGCGCCAAAUUGACUAUCUUCUCUGUAUCACUGAGCCGUUCUUCGAUUAUACAACCCAGUUAUCAAAGACUCGAGACGUCACUGCCCACUAUGUGUUCAAGAUUUACAACCGACUUUUUGAUCAUCUUGAGCGAUCACAGACACAGCUACAACGGAAGCGUGUCCCAUGGAAGAAACAAAUGCUGGACGCACUGGACGCUGGACGGACCAAGCUUGAUGAGUACUACGCUCAAACCGAUACUAUUCGAGGGCAUAUCUAUGCCGUCAGUACGAUGCUUGCACCAGUGAAUAAAUUUAGAUUCUUUCUCUCUAGCGAUUGGGAUCAGAAGUGGCGAGAUAUCUAUCGCAACGCCUUUCAGCAAGCCCUCAUCCCAUACCAAGCGCAAGUAAAAAGUCAAAGCCAGGAUGCAUACAGCUCUCACACUGCAGCUCAACCAAGCUCAAGGCUGGAGGAGAUGCUUGAUGGAAAGGAUAUACAGCCACGAGCGAUGACUGAUGAAAUUAGUCAAUAUCUUGAUAGUGAUACUGUUUCUGUUGGGCCACUUAUCUUUUGGAAAGAGCAUCAAUAUCGCUUUCCAGCUAUUGCCGCCCUUGCGCGAGAUGCGCUCUCCUUCCCAGCCACUGGUGCAGGAGUGGAACGCCUCUUUAAUACUGCUCGAGAUGUUUGUCACUAUCGUCGUGGGAGAAUGAAGACCGAGACGAUUGAGGAGUUGAUGAUGUUUCUUUGUACAUCCAAAUUCGAUAUAGAGGCACAGGAAGCAAAGCUUCUUGAAAAAUUCUUCUCACAGGAUGAGCUUGAGGCGGCGAAAGAAGAAAGGGAAGAGAAGCUUAACAAGGAUGAGAUCAAUCCAAUUAGUGAUACAGAGGAGCAAGAGGAUGAGCUAGAAAAUGGACCAGAGAAUGAAAUGGAGGAUAUAGGACUAGAUACGACUUUCUUAUCUGCUGCUGAACCAGAUAGUCCAGGCUCACCGUCAUUACCACCAACCUGUACACAGACACGGGUAUCAGGGCGGAAACACGCUCUUUCCACCAAACAUCAAGUCCCCAACGUAAUCAACCAGAUUGGAUACAGAUACUAUACUCUCAAUCCUACCAAUACAAAUAAUACAAACUCAGCUCUCGAGGCUCAAUACAGGGAUAGCGCCAACGUCAGCAGUGGACGUAAUUUCUACUCAGUCUCAGGCUGCACAGUUACCUACUUUUGCAAUCUUACUAGAAGCAAUCAACUUUGCUUCGCUCAAGAUAUGAUUGAUGCCCAGGUUGCAAUCACCAAUGUCUAUGAUUCUUACACCGGUGGAUAG